UCCAACGGUGCUGCUGGAGAGACGUGCAUGUCGUGCGGUUGUUACAACACUCGGUUGGCGUCCUUCGGGAGCGGGAAAAGGUGUCCUCGCAGGUUGUUUACUGCCAUGUGAUAGAGCUCCGUUUCAGUUGACCGCCGACCCUCGGAUGGAGCAGCGUGCUCGGAUGCUCUCCUUUUCUGUCCCUGCUGGUAGUUGCCUGUUGUGCUCAGUGGUCAUUUUGAAGAGUGAUUGGAAUGGGACAUUCAGGUGGAUUGUGCGCUCGGAUCCAUCAGGUGUGCAAUUGUAUCCGUUGUUGAGCGGAUUCCCGCGCUGUUCUGAUUGGUGAUUGGCGAUUUAGAUACACAGACUGCUCCGGGGGUGAAGAGAGUGAGGAUGAUUGAUUGUAAUCGACAAUUUGAUUUCGUUUAGUCGUUUAUAAAUAGUUCACAUAUAAUUGCCGAUAAUUGUGUAGAUGUGUAACGAGUGUUUGUGUACAACCGACGGAGCGAAACGGAACCAAUCGUUCCGGAUCAUUUGCCUUGGGCAAUCGGUGGUCUUCCAUAAUCUGUGAAGUAGUAGGGCUAACUGCAUAAUCAUGUCAUGAUUGGUCGGAUUUUUCAAGCGCCGCUCGAUGGACGCUAGCAUCCCGUGACCAAACGUGUGUGAAAUACCUGGUCUUCGAUGGCGGUUCGAUACAAAGUUUCCCCAAGUUGACCAUCGUCGCUUUCUUUGAACCAAACUUGCACAACAGACUCGAGCUUCGUGGUGUGAGUGUACUCUGGAUCAAGUGACGACGUCCAAAAGUUAAGCGAACGCACUAGGUGAUGUAAAAGUUUUGCUUUCAAGAAGAAAACGAGUGAUCGAACAACAAAUUGAUCAAAUUGUCCGCAACAAAGGCAACAAAGUGUGAGGGACAAAGUUUUGCUCCCUGCAAGAGGACGUCGUUUUUGCGCCACAACUUAACCAACAGGGCUGUCGGAGGGGAUUCCCGGAGGGGCGGCAAAAUCCAUCACGGCAAACACUCCAUCAACGAUAAAACACCUGGAUUCUAUUUUGAACCCACUAAGAAGAACAACCCAAAAUCAUGGAUCUUAACAGGUGACACAUUAUUGGCCAAGUCCAGCAAUGUUUGUUCAACGCCGCAUCAGCAGUUUACGGCUUAAGAUCUCUGAUCGCUAAAGGCUCAGCAAGUAAAUCAGCGAUCAAUGUAUCCGGCCGGGACUCCAACAGCCACUGGGCAACAUCAGCACUGAUACACAGCAGAUCAACGGAUUCCGGGUGGCCGUGGGUACGACUCGGCAGACCGCAUCACCGACCGCCACUGACACCGCCGCCCUCGUCACCACCAUGGACACCGACGGCUAUGACGGCGGAGACUACAACGCUACCGAUUACGUCAAUCGUACGACACCUAUCUACUCGAUUAAUCCGGAUUUCAUCACGCAGUGGAAGCUGAAGAAGAAACAGGAAAGGUUUUGCAAACAACUCUACAAAAGAUUAAAUCUAUUAAAUUUCCCAGAAUGUCAAAACUUGCUCGGAAUCCCGGCGUACCACCGGUUGUACGAGAAGGCCAGCAGCAGUGGGAGUGGUGGGGACAGCAGCAGCGGCAGCAGCAGCAUCGGCAAUGGGAUGGACUUGGAUAGUCUUCGCGAGUACAGCAACUGGUUCGCAACGGGUAACUACAGUCUGCUGGAGUGGAACAAUGGCAGUGGGGGCGCCAAUGGCACCGCCGACGGGUUCUACUACAAUGGGACGUUUGUGGUGGGCGAUGGCCGCGACGGUAACGGAAUCGGACCGGUACUGCCACCGUUUGAGCUUUGGCAAACGAUUCUGAUAGCGAUAUGUCUGGCCAUUUGCAUAAUACUCACCAUAGGUGGCAACAUUCUGGUGCUGCUGGCGUUCAUCGUCGACCGAAGCAUUCGACAGCCGAGCAACUACUUCAUCGCGUCACUCGCAGCCACCGAUAUGCUAAUAGGAACCGUUUCGAUGCCAUUUUACACGGUGUACGUCCUUAUGGGAUACUGGGACCUUGGACCGCUGUUGUGUGAUUUGUGGCUCUCGGUGGAUUACACGGUGUGUUUGGUGUCGCAGUACACCGUGCUGCUGAUCACGAUCGAUCGGUUUUGUUCGGUGAAGAUUGCGGCCAAAUAUCGCAGCUGGCGAACCAAGAACAAGGUCAUCUGGAUGGUGACGAUCACGUGGAUCAUUCCGGCGCUGUUGUUCUUCAUUUCGAUCUUUGGCUGGGAGCACUUUCUCGGCUAUCGAGACCUACUGCCGGGGGAGUGUGCGGUGCAGUUCCUAAAGGAUCCCGUCUUCAACACCGCCCUCAUCAUCGGGUACUACUGGACGACAUUGGUGGUGCUGUUUGUGCUGUACGGUGGAAUCUACAAGACGGCGUACGACAUGCAGAAGAAGAGCGAGGCCAAACAGCGCAAGAUGCAGUCGAUGGUGGCCCUGGGGAACGCCAUGACGGGGCUGGCCGGCCAGGCCGGUGGAAUCGGGAUUUCGAAAACGCAGAGCACCCUGUUGAGUCAGGACAAACCACUGCCAGUGGCGCCAUCGCCGAACGUAAUUCUUCCUACGACACUCUCGCUUACGCCGCAUCAGUUCCCCAAGGAGGAACUUUCGUCCGCGUCACGGAAGAGUUCGGUUCCCAAGCCCAAGGACGAAAAGUGUGAAGAGGCCAAAAAGAGUAAAGAAGAAAAGGAAGGUGACAAGAGUGAACGCUCCAGCAGUCCAGCGUUCGAUUCGGAUGACGAGAGCUCGGCCAACACCAAGCAGCUACAGGAAGAGCAACGAGCAGUGAAGAAGCGAACAUCGUUGGCGGGACUGCUGGUUGGUGCGUCGGCUACCGUUUUGUCGAAUCGUUACAACGGAGCCCUAAAGUCAACGUCACCCGCGACAGCGGCAUCUCCAAACGAACCCAGCAGACCGAAAAAGUCCCCUAGUAAUCCAUCGAAAAGUGAAGGACUUCCAAAAAUCAGCGAGGCCAGCAUACUGGAUUCGGAGAACAGCGAUCCCAAACCUCAAGUGUCCCCGCUGAAACCGACCCCGGUGCAGUCUCCCAUUUCCCCGGUUGACAUCGAACCGGUAGUGGUGGCCAGAGCCGAACGGGCGCCGGAAAUCUCGCACACAAUCCUAACACCACCGUACGGCUUUCAGGGAAGUCCACACGCUUCCGAGAGUCCACCGUCCAAAUCCGACAGGCCUCAUAGCAUAAUUAGCCAGGGCGAUUCCACCGUCACGUACGACGCCGUCGUCGGCAUGGACGGUGCCGAUCUGCGCUUCAUGGACGAAAGUUCCGUCGUGGUUCCGUCGCCCCAGUACGAGAGUCCACCGUCGGCGUUUGCCGUCGUGCAGCCACGAUCUCCGGCGCACGCGGCCGGCCAAAACAUUGCGAAUCCUUCACUGCUGCAGAAAGCGCUGAUUCGAGCCACCGCCCAGUCCCAGCAGCCACCGCCAACGGUUCUGCUCCGGGCGGUCGACAUUGGACCGCUUUCGCCAACUGGUCAAACGACCACGGCUCAACCGACGCAAACAAUCAAUAAAUUUAGUACAACAGUCACAGUAGCCUCUCAGAAUCCGGACAAACCGGUCACCGUAUUGAAUAAUAACUCCUACACGAAUAAUUCUAACAUAGAUCAACAGGCCUUACAGCAGCAGCAGCAGCAGCAUCCGCAGAACACGCAGGUCGACAGCACGAGCCUUAAUUCGAAAGCGCAAUUAAACAACAACAACAAUAAUUCUUCGUCGGUUUCAAGCACUGCUCCCGAGUCCAAGCCCGUAACGACCGCUGCAACGACGACGACCGUAGCGGAAGCCGCGACAACGACGACCAGCAGUAGCACACCGGUCACGGCCACCUCAACGGCACCACCACCCCAAACGAACGCACUGGCACCACCACCAACGACGACGCACUCGAGUGGUCCCACCAUCACGAUCAACCCCUGCCUGGAGCGGCAAACGUCCAGCAAGCGGGACUUUAUACGGUCGAUCGGCAAAAGACUGAAGGGCAAGCAGAAGGCCGGUCCGCUCGGGAUCGCCGGUCGGCAAAAGUCCAAGUCGGAAAAUCGCGCCCGCAAAGCGUUCCGCACCAUCUCGUUCAUUCUGGGCGCGUUCGUCGCCUGCUGGACGCCGUACCACGUGCUCGCCCUGGUCGUGGGCUUCUGCUCGAACCCGCCCUGCAUCAACGAGCACCUGUUUAUGUUCUCGUACUUCCUGUGCUACGCUAACAGCCCGAUGAACCCGUUCUGCUACGCCCUCGCCAACCAGCAGUUCAAGAAGACCUUCACCCGGAUUCUGCGCGGUGACCUGCACAUGACUUAAGCCACCCCGAUCCCCCUCGCUGAAAUACAAUAUCAAUUUUAAUGUAAUGAUAUAGACAAUAAUAAUAUUAACGCAAAACAUAAGGAACUAACUAGCUGAACCCAUCAAGUAAGUCACACACACACACACAGACAAACAGACGACACCUAGUUAAGAACAUUUAGCGUUUACGAAGGAAAUACCCACACAGUAUUGAGAAUACUGACAAGUAUGUGUAAAUAGUUUUUAGAGAAGAAAAGUAUAGACAAAAAAAAAACGCUAUUAAUUUGCUGCGAAAAAUGUGGUUUAUUGCAUUUCAGGGACGCGCAUUCUCGACAAUUUGAAGGGAAAAGUAUCCCGCGCCUCCAUUUUAUAUAAGAUUAUUUUUAAUGACUAGGACAACAGCAACAAGGUGUAAAAAGUGGUAUUAUUUUUUAAAACGCAAAACAACCAUAAAAAUGCAACAGAAAAAAAAAACAUACAAAACCGCAUGUAUCCUUGGCCAAACUUAACAAAACGCAAGAGCAUCGUUCACUGUUUCGCUGUUUAUGAAAGACAAUUAAGUGUGAUUAGAUAAUUUUCCCAGCUGAAAAAAAAAAAACAAAACAACGGUACUUAUUUCUCUGCUGAAGAAUAAUAAACGCAAAAAAAAAAAAAAUAACUACACAACCAGUGUUGGAGCGAGGAAAAUCUAGGCAGCAUAAUUGUAGUAGUUAACUGAAGGGAAGGAAUGCUCUCUAGGAAUAAUUUUUCGACGACGACGCUGACGGGAGUCGAAACGAAACGCGUGGUCCGUGAAAAUAUGCACCGUCACGAGCCUUUUCCCGCCGCAACGAUUCGAAGCGCGCGACCGGUUGCUUUCUUUUCCAUGAAGAUUUGCGCGCGCGGGAAAAAGCUCGUACAAAACAUCGGUGCCAGAAAAAAAAAAGUGUUGAAUUGCUUUGUUCUGAUGGAAAAUAUUUUUCCGCGUUUUUUUUCAUUUUUCUUCUUUGCUUUGGACAGCAUUGGUCCUGGAGGGAAACUCACGCAGACGAUUUAAUUACUGCUUCCAGGUUCAGGUAUUUGUAUUUAACAAGCACAAUCAAAAAUAAGGCAACGGCACGACAUCGCAUCUUCACGAAAAGUGCCUUCGGGGAAAGGUUGGUACAAGAAGGUGCCCAAAAUGUGACUUUUACACGCGCCUCGCAGUGUUCAUCACUAAAUCAACAGUUGAAAGCUGCAAACAAAUCUUGCUAAAUAUUUUCUUAAGUUGAAGAAAAUUCUACUAGAGCAAAAGCAAAGCAAUCCACUUUAACGACCCUCGGGUCUUUUGUGGUCCGAAGGUUAUGUGUGGUAAGUCGCUUAAAACCUCUUUUACGCAAAUGGACCAAAGUUUUACUUCCCCAUUCGAUAGAAGGCCUGAUCAGGCAAAUCUCGUCACGAAAAAUGCCACCGGGUCCGUCUGGGAUUGAACCCAGGCCUACUGGGGUGAGAGGCUGCCACGCUAACCACUAAACCACCGGACCCAUCAACUGGAGCAAGCUUUGUUCAAGAAAAAAAUAUCUCAGACUAGUGGUCAGUUUCAGAGUUUUACAGAACCACACAGUAAAAAAAAAAGUUUGAUUUGAGAGGUUGAAAAAUGUAAGAUUGAAUAUUACCUCUUUUCCUAGUUAUUUGGCCUCAAUUAAUGUAGAAUAGGUAUAAUAAAUCAUUAAAAGAUGUAACUUUACACAUUGUUUGAUAAAUAAAAAAUAGUAAGUCGACUCUGGUUGUCAAUAUUCUUAGAAUCAUCGUGAACAGUUCUUUUUUCAGUUCUCAGAACAAUGCAAAAUGAAGACUCGAUUGGAAAUACAUCUUUCAGAUCUUCGUAUCGCAAAGAAAACUGUGUAAGGCAAGCCAUGAGAGAGUGAAAUUAUUGACAACCGGAAGAGAUUUUCAAAGUAAAUAAAAUCCAAGGAACCGUCGUUCAAGCAUGGACAAAUUUUGUGGAAGGAAGAGCCUCAAAGUGAGCAGUUUAAAGAGAAUGAAGAAAUCUUCGGUAGAUGGACCAAUAUUGCGAUCGAGAAGAUUGACAACCAGAAAGUCUACUGUAUCACAUUUAUUCAUGACACAAUGUUUGUCAACAUAACCAUACUUUUCGGCACUCUCAGCAAACGUCAAAUCAAUACAAAUUGCUGCCGGAUCUUUUUCCGGAUCUCCCCCGGAAAGGAUCCGGCAGCAAUUUGGUAUGGUUUGACGUUUCCGAAGGGUAAAAAAAAGGUAAACAAAUCACUUCGUGCAUCAGCCAAUUCAGGGAUCUGUUCCAGUUGCGUGCUGAAAGAAUUUAGUCAGAUUAGCAGACAAGAAUACUCGAUGGAUUUUGCUUUCCUGCCAGAUUUUUUGGCCUUUUGAUUUUUUAACAUGUUUAUUUGGUUGUAAAUAUAAAACUAGCAAGUUUUUAUCAGCGCAACUGGAAGUUUUAGCAAAAAAUGGCUGGUUCAAAAUCAAAUUAAACCAGAAAAAUGUUUGGCAAUGAAUUCCCUUUCCAUGUCGAGAGGCCAUAAUCUUGAACCGUAAUGUUUCCGUUUAUUGUUACCUGUUGCAUCUAAAUUAUUGAAAGUUCGCUGAGAAUCACUCAGUUUACCCUACUUUUACAUGCUUUUCUGUGCGUUGUAGUUGUUGGUGGAGGAUGCGCGCCCUAGAAUUAUGUGGCAAAAUAAUAAUAAAUUACAGCGAAAAACAAUGCCAACGGGAAACUUUCAUGCAAACUUCUUUUUUGAAAUGAGCCCCUCAAAAGAACCGCGCAUGAAACGUUUCGUGUUUGUAUGCUGUUUGCAGACUCUGUUUGUUGAACAGCACACAAGCAGAGUCCUGACUCUUUCUUUCUUUUAUUGUUUUUUGUGAAGUGAAGUUUUUCCCCACCCAGCCACCAUAAAAAGUUUUCUAAUGUUUGCCAUGGUCCUUAAUGUUGCUACUUGUCACUUUUUAUCCGCACCUCUCAUCAUCACCGCGCAUCACACCAGGAAGACCAGAACAGGAGAAACAAACGAAUUUCCAUCCCACCCCCCUUUACAAACCCAGAACACGUGUUCGAAGAAGAACUUUUCCGCGUCAGUUUGUUCUCCCCUGCAAUAGCAAUUAUUCGAAUCUUACCUGUGUUUCUUUCUCCUGUUCUGUCCAGCGAAAUCUUUGGGGACUAAUUUAGCAGGUCCCCAACCCACCAUUCUCCCUGUUGGGUGGACCUCUUUUGAUCAAACAAAACGUUGUUUAACGGGCCGCGUUUCCUUUCACAACCGAACUCCGUCACCGUCUCUCCAAGUGUCUCCGAUUGUGGAACACGGUCAAACAGAUAAGAUAAUCAUUUUCUGUAAUUAGUUUCCCAAAACUCCGCUAGGUCGUAUCAAAUUCAAAGUAGCUAAUACAACAAGGGGAAGGAGAGCGUCGAUGAAGCAUUCUUUGAAGUAAAACAAAUGAUAAAUUUAGAGAGUACAAGCUGAUGGUAACAAAUGAAAUAAGAAAAAAGUAAAAUGACAAUAUUUGAAUAAAUUUGCAAGAACAAACACACAAAUCGUACUAGCACAUACACACACACACAAACACUUGUACAAAUUUGCGGGACAGGAUGCCGUACAAAAAGGUCUCGUAAAUUAAUUUUCAUCGAACAGCAUAGCUAAAAAGACAGAAAAGAAACAAAAAAUAACCGAAAACGGAAAAGUUUCCCAUCGUGUACAAAGAAAUAUAAUUAAGGCUAUGAAAAUGCGAUCGCAAAACUUUGCGCAUCAACUUUUUGGGAAACGCACCAAACGCAACAACAACUAAGCGAUGGUUCCGAGAAGAGUAAUGAAAAGAAUAUCAGAGCCAAAGUGUGGCACCGAAGGUGUCGAUUUUAUGAGUUUUUUCUGCGUUAUCCGGUCAUCCCAUUAAUCUCGCGCGCGCAGGGACAAAACUCUUCCACACCGGAAGGACUAUCGCAGCACCCGCGACAUCUGUUGAGUUGACGAUAUUUUAAUAUCCGUUACCGGUUAGAAAAGACUUUAUUUUGCUCGUUCAAAGAGAUUAGUAAGCAGUAUAUUUUGUACAGUGCAGUACUUGACUAUUUUUGUACUGUUACUAGAUUUAUUGAAUGUUUGCUCAACCAACCGAAACUCUUAAUCCAGUUUCGGCUGUUUGAACAAUCGCUUCUUCCAAUCCUAAAGACAAAAGAAUCCUACUCAAGUCAUAUCCAAUCUGACAACAAUCAAACCUGUGAACAUACAAUUCAAUUAUGAAAUCAUCUAAUCAACUAGCUUUAAACUCCACUUGAGUCGACACGCCCCUAAACGAAUUCAGUAUUUUUGCUACCCCCACCCCCUCCCAUCGUACUACAUCUUAGUAUAAAAUUGAAUGAAUGUCUAACUGACAAAAGUUUGGUGAAUACGCUUUAAACAAAUUUUGUGGCAAAGAAAAAAAAAAACAGAAUAGUAAACGUUAUAUACAAGCUGAUAAAAAAAGAGAAAACAAAACAGCAAACAAAAAAUCAAAAGAAAUUUAUCAUAAGAUUAACUGAUGGCUGAUACGAGAGAAAGAGAGAGCAUCGUGCAAUGUUAGUCGACAGAGUAAGAAAAUUCGCUAUUCAUACAAUUUAUGACAUUAUAAUCGAAGAAGCAGCAAAACAGAAAACAAAAACCCAAUUCCAAUCAGAAACAGAGAAUGAAUGUGCAGAAUAAUAAACCAAAUCAGCAGCGAAUCAAAUCCGGAUGCAACUAUUAGGUGAUUAGUGAAAUUGGAGCAAAUGCUGCACUUACCACAAAACAUACACACACUCACACACAACAAGAUAUCGCUGAUGAGAAAAAUAAAAAGUCACAUAAUUUAAUGA